AUGAGGGGAGGUUUACAAGGUAAAUGGGAGAAAAGAGUAGCAUUUGUUCUUUGUAAUCAUGACCACGGAGCAAUCUUCAAAGCUUUAGAAGAAUGCUUGAGGAGCAAGUCAAUGGGGAUGGUGAAGUCAUGCCUUGUUGCUGCUACAUGGCUCAUACAUAUGCUCAGUAGUCUCCCUCAGACUGGAGUGAAAAUGAUUGCAAGUCGAUGCCUUCUGGAUCAAUUUACUGAGGUUCUCUGUUCAUCUAGGAACUUUGAGGAGAAGAUUCUAGCAACCUUGGCUUUGAAAAGCUUCAUCAGUGACCCAGAUGCACUUAAAGAACGCGGGACGUAUGCAAAAUGUAUCUACAAGCCCUUGAGGAAGCUCAAAUGA